AUGGAAGUUGCUGUUGAGAGAGAAACUGGAAUGUUGGAUGUUGGUACUCAUUGUCAGUACUGUCGACAAAUCGAUUUCUUGCCGUUUCAUUGCUCAUUUUGUAAGCAAGAUUUUUGUACUAGUCAUCGCACCAAAGAGUCACACCAUUGUAAGUGGUUAUUGGAUCAACAGAAAGCUAUAGUGACCACUGUUGAUGUUGUGAAUGAGAAUGGAUCCAUCGAUAAUCAGAAGAAGAAGAAAAAGAAGCGUGGUCCCACUUAUUUUGAGAGUCUGUUACCUGAGAAAUCACAUAUACGUGUUAAACAACAAUCCGGUUCAGUUAAUCACAAGAUGUUUGGUAUAGACAAAUCCACAGUGAUAAAGGUUUAUGACAAUAACAAGUUGAGCAAUAGCAUACCAGAGGGCAAUAGGGUACAGGUACGAUGUUACUUGGUUGACAAACGUAGGCCAUUUGUAUCUGUGCAUGAGAUGGAGACAUAUGUUAAUAAAAUGUGGCCGGUUGGAAGAGCUAUUGAUCAGUUAAGUCGUGGAUUUAGUAAUAUUGACACCAAAACAAAGGAAACUAAACAGCUGUAUCUGGAAGAAGACAAAGCUCUAGAUCCAAAUGAUCGUGUAGAUAAUACGAUUUCGAACAAUGAUACUUUGUACUUGGUGUUAAAAUAA